GAAGACAUCCUGAGGGCGACAAUCCCUGAGACACAAGUCAGGUUCCACAAGAAGCCCAAUGUGUCAAAAACUGUGAACCUGAUGGACUCAAGCAGACAUCGUCCAGGAGACAGAGAGAUUCUGGGGCUCAGAGAGGUGGAACAAAGCAAGGGGGAAGGAAGGUCUGUCUGACUUCUUCAGCAGGAGGACUUGGAAGGAGGGAGCAGGGAACCCAGGAGUUAGGAGGGUCUGCUGGGCUGCAUGCUGGGGAGGGGCUGUGGCUCCCUCCCUCCUGCCAGCAGCCCUUUGUGAUGAGGAGGCCACAGCUGUGUGAUGUGAGCCUGAGCCCUCCUGACAAGCCUCAGGCUGUGCUCCCAGGACUCAGUUGCUUGAGAGCCUCAGUGAGAUUCAGAAGAUGGAGAGUUCUGUCCUUCAGCUGAAAAGCCUUAGUGAUUCCUGGAUGAGUCUCAGCUCCAUUUUCAUAGCAAUGGACGUGAUCUUUGGCAUUAUGUGUGGAGUGGGGCUCUUCUUCCUACUGAUCCCCUUCUUGAAGACAUACCCAGUGUCACCACCACCUGGGAGUGGAAAGAACACCCCAAAGGUGAGGAAAGCCUUGGCUGAAACACAAUGGAGUGUGUUCAGUCUGUUGUCCACUACUGUUAUGUUCACAUUUCCUACUCAAGCAGAGAGACAGGUGAGAGGAAAUCUCCAGAAAGAACAGUACCUCAUCUUCAGGGACUGGAAAGUAGGGCAGAGGGGAGACCCCUGCUUGUGUCUUCCAACAAGGCCAAAAGGAAAUGUGUUUAUGCAUAGAACAACUAAGUCAAGGGUGGAUGGGAGAAAGCUCUCUGGGAAAUGUGGAUUUCAUGUUAUCCAUGAGCACAGAGGGCAGGCAGCUUGUCAAUUAGAGGAAGAAUGGGCCCAGCUGAUUUUUGUCCUUUCUCACUGUCAGAUGAGGAGGAAGAGGCCAAGCAAGACCAGGAAGAAAAAUGCUUCUGUAAAAGGUUGUAGCGAUGACAGAAAGAGUGUGGAAGAGAACCAGAAUCCAUCACAACCUGUGGAAAUCCCCAUCGAGCAACCGAUAUUGGACUCUGCAUCACUCCCCUUUGGGAAAUCCAAUGAGAAACAGGAUCAGCUUCCCCUCUCUCAGCUGCUCUCUUACCUCAAGUUCUUGGAGGAUCUUAUACAGCAAAAAUUUAGCCAGAUUUUCUGGGGCAUGUCCUCUGUGCUCUCUGAGUCAGUGGUGGCUACUGCCUGGGUCUCCAAGAGGCCUUACUCUGCAAGACAUAAAACCGUGAGGUUCAGUGAUACAGUUGAUCCUUUCCCAGCUCUACCUCCCGCUCAAGGACCUCCACAGAUUUCUCAGGCCCAGCCGUUGCCCCACCAGCUUGUGACACCAAGCUUGGCAGAUUUGACAGAGGUCCAGACACUGUAUAACCUCCCAAGCUCUACACCAAACCAAGUACUUUCUUCAUCCACAAGUAGAGCCAGUGAAAAACCAUGUCCUACCAUAAAGUCAAGGAUAAAGGCAUCCCUCCUGACUGAAAACCAGCCCUGGCAGCAGGAUCUGGAGUGGAAAGACACCAUAGGCUCUAAUGUCCAAAAUCAUCAAGCAGCCAUUAGCCAGCCCACUCACAACUUACCCAGGGACAUCCCACCCGCUGAAGCUAUCAGGUCGGCCUCCAUCCCUCCUGAGCGUUGUCAGUUCCUCCAGCACCAUGAGGAGCCACAGAGUGAAUACAGGAUGACGAAGGUGAGAGAACAAGGCCCCCCCUUCAGGUUCCUCCCAUCCCAGGAACUGACGCAGCUGCAGGGACACUUCCCAGCAAACAGUCGUCGCCAGUCUAAGGACAAGCCUGAACUCCCCCAGCCUGCCCAGCCCUCCAUUCUCUACUACAAAAGCUGCAAGUCAAGUCAGAUGAUUGAGACUACGCCCUCAGGGAUGCCCUUAAAGAAGGACCCAGCAAGAUGUAACAUACAUGAACUCAUCAAGGAGGGCCCCAGUUUUAGGGCCAAAGUCUUGCCUUGCACUUCAAGCAGCACCCCUGGGCAGGGUCUGGAACCCAGAAAAUGUGCACUGAGGACAGAGCAGCUGUCCUAUGUGAACACCACCCAGGACCUUUCCUUCCUUGACCCAAAAACACAAAGGAAGCUGGACUCAAACAUCAAACAGCUUCCUACAAAACACAGAUGGAGACCAUAUCUACAGACUCUUGUGUCAAGGGAUCUCAUCCCACCAGGGGUUCCAGCCUCAUUCCUUCCCCAGCUUGUCUAUCCCUCCUCACCCUCUUCUGUUUCCAAGGUUGAAUACUAUUCCAAGGCUGCCAUGAUCCUGGAAAAAUUGCAUCACCAAGAUCCAGGAGGGACAAGGGUAGAAACGGUGUCAGCGUCCAGGCUGCAGAGUCCUCUGUUUGCACACUCACCUUCAGAGGUUCAGGAGAUGCAAAGAGCGACUCCACCAGCUGCCAGCCAUGGGCCCACCAAGGUUCAUCCAGAUACACUGCAGAGCUAUCUGAGCACUCAGACCCGGGCUUUCUGCUUCCAGGCAAAAACCCAGAAGAGCAGGAUUGUCCAAGGGACUGGAAGAGGCAGCCUGCAACCGAGGACCAGCUCAAGAAUGCCCAAGCAUGCAGCAUGGAAGAGGUUUGAGGAUGUGGCCUCAGGACAUCCCUGCUGGAGUGGGACAAUGCUGGGCCCUCAAGAAAGGGUCCCACCUUCAGUGGUCAAACAAACCAAUAGAUCGGAGGAGAAAAAAGAGACAACUCCUGCGUGGAAAGUGAGUCUGGGAUUCACAGAGAUUCCCAUUGGACAAGCCAUCAAUAUCCAUCUCAGGGACUUUGAGUUUAAAGAGGCCAGUAGAAGCCCAGGCCGUUUCCAAACACCUACUCCACAGCACUCAGGAGAUUCAGCUCUAAAGACACAAGUGUGUAGUGAGAUUGACUUCAGAUCAAACAAGCAGCCACAGACCCGGCCUGUGGGCCAUCAUAAAAACAGCCUCAGUUCAGUAAGUUUGCCUUCAGAGCAUUUGCUUCCCAGCUUCCAGAAUAGAUCCAAAAAACCCAAGACUUCCCAGGACCUAGAUGAUAUCUUCAUGAGGAGAGAUCGGAGCCAGGAGACUCAGAACUUCGGAGUUCCCAAGAAUAAGAUUCAAGCAAAGAAUCACAAGGCAUUUCAUCCCAAUGACAAGAAGAAGGAGUUGGUGAGAAGCAGAGCCACAUGCCAGGAAGAAAGUUCAGGGAGAGGGAGGCCCUCUACCCCAAGCUUUACCCAGUUCAAGGAUACAUCAUCCAUAACUGAGUUUCAGCCCUCCUUUGAUAUGCCAGGAAAGGGGCAGGCUCUGCCAGAAAAUAAUCUGAAGAAAAUGAAAAGGAUUUUUCUACAAUAUCUCAACCUCAACACAAAAGACAAGGGGCAGGGGGAUUCUCUGAAGAGUGAAAACUCUACACCAGCUACUGUGAUUACCCAGGAGUCAGACUCAAAAGAAAAGCUCAUCUACAGUAUGGUAGUUGAAAUGCAAUACAUCAUGAAUGUUGUGGUACAGAUCCUGGUGAACUGGCUGGGUCUUAAUGUAGGGGACCCAACAGAGGAACAACGGUAUAAAGUGGAACCUCUGACAUCCCAGCUGAGUCACUCUCCUAAGGGUCUCUAUGACCCUAAGAAUAGCAGACCAAAGAGACUAAUGCGCCCCGAGGGUCAGAGCCAUCCAUCCAUGUAUAAGGGAAUCAGAGACAAACAACAGUUGGUUGUUGGUGCCCAGAGAGCCUGUGAUCAACAUCAGAACAGAGUGAAGAGUGGAAUGGGCUAUGGCCAACUCCCCACUCCCAAGGGGACCAACCAUCCAUGUAGGAACAGGGGAAUUGGAGACAAACAGCAAUUAGAUGUUGAUGCCCAGAGAGCCUAUGACCCAAAUCAAAUUAAAAUGAAGAGUGGAAGGGACUGCUAUCCACAUGCCAGCCCCAAAGGACACAAACAUCUAUUUAUGCACAGAAAUGUUAGAGAUAAACAGCAAUCAGGCAUUGUCCAGAGGGCCUGUGACCCACAUCAAAGUACAGAAAAGGGAAUGGGCUGUGGCCACCUCAUCGGUCCUAGAGAGAACAACCAUCCAGUCACAUACAGAGGAAGUGGAGACAAGAAGCAGUCAUAUGCUGCUGCCCAGAGAGCUGGUCACCCCAAAUGGACCUUACCAGCAUAGGCCAAGGAGCGGGUGCCUCAGGCCACUUUGACCUUUGCCCAUCAAGAGUUCUACCAAAAGCUGUCUCAUUGCCCAGCCUUUUCUUCCCCCAUGCUUUCCUGGUAAUAAAUGUUGGAUUUUUCCUGCAAAGGAAAUCUUCCUACAGAAGCU